AUGCCAGACCAGAAGAACAUCCAGGGAGAUACUUGGCCUCGCCUGCCUAAGAAGGCCGAAAAAUUCGUCUUUUUUCGAAUUACCAAUGUGCAAGAAUUCAAGAAGGGACUACCAAUGAUGGCUGAUUUUAUCACUACAGCCCAUAUAGCCCUGAAGAACCGUAACGAUAUCUACAAAAAGAAAGCAGAUGGUACUCUGAAUGGUAUCAUCCAUUUAGUAUCGAUCAAUAUUGCUUUCUCGGCUAAUGGCCUGGCCAAGCUUGGGGCGGAAAGGUUCAACGAUGACAUCUUCAACGGUGGCCAGUUUAAAGAUAUGACUUUCCCGUCGGAUGGCGAGCCAGCCGAAGAUCACCAAGGUCUCGAUCCUCAGCAGGACUGGGUCAAUGAAUUCAAGCCCAGUAGUGGUGGAAUUGACGGUGUCCUCACCGUGGCUGGUGACAGUCUCCCGAGUAUUGAGAAAAUGACCCGAAAGACAUUUGAUUGGGUGUUCAAUGUCGGCAAUGACAAGCAAAGUAUUGAAGAAGUCUAUACCAGGGAUGGUCAAGUCUUCGCCAAUCAUCUUGAGCACUUCGGAUGGGUGGAUGGUAUUAGCCAGCCCAUCAUUAAGGGAAUGGACGACAUUGCGAAGACGAAGGAUAACAGAGGAAUGGCACCGAUAGACCCCGGAGUCAUCUUUGUCGGACAUGAGGGCGAUGAAAGCAAACAUCCCGAAUGGGCUAAGGACGGUAGCUUCAUGGUCUUUCGAAUCUAUGAACAGCUAGUUCCCGAGUUCUACCAUUGGUGUGCUGCGAAUUGCCCUAUUGCUACGGAAGAGGCGAGAAAGGCCAUUGAACAGGGAAAUCCGAUCGAGUGGUCUGACAAGUCAAUGGAUCAGAUGGGUCUGUUUUCCUCGCGAUUGGUGGGACGAUGGCCUGAUGGUGCACCAAUGGAGCUUCAUCCACUGGAGGACCCCAACUGGGCCAGAAACAAAGGACAGUUUGGAACGAGCGCGUUGAAGACGAUGAAUAAUACCGAUGACUUCAACUAUAACCCCGCGGAUCAGACGAGAUGUCCUUAUGCCUCUCAUAUGCGCAAGACCGGUCCUCGGGACGACUAUCCCGGUUACACCAAGCACGUAAUGAUGCGCCGAGGAAUUCCUUAUGGGCCAUGGUGCUCUAAUGAUGAACGGGCAGGUGGAUCUACACAGCAUGAACGUGGCCUGCUAUUCGUCAGUUACCAGAGCAGCAUUGAGAAUGGAUUCGUCACGCAGCAAAAACGGUGGGCAAAUGCUUCUAAUGGUCCAACGGAUAUGGCGAAGCACUGUGGAGGGGCUAGCCAGGGAAUUGACCCUCUUAUUGGCCAAGUUCAUCCCAGCCGGAAUGGGAAGAGUACAGGUGUUCAGAUCAAUGCCAAGUACGACGACGCUCCUCGGAUUCCCUUCCCUGACUCGGACUUGGAGAAACUUGGUCCCCAGGUCCACGAUAAAACUGUUGCGUUGGACAGGCUGGUUAUUCCGCAUGGUGGUGAAUACUUCUUUACCCCCUCAAUUUCGGCGUUGAAAGAUUACUUGCCCAACGCAUAG